ACCCUAAACCCUAAUUCAAUUCCUCCACCGCCAUGACAGAAGCUCAGCUCCACUCCUCCGAGAAACCGAAAAAGAAGAAGAAUACUGAAGAAAAUGACGGCCAAAUCGAAACAACCGAUUUUCUGAUCAAGCCGCAGAGCUUCACCCCGGCUGUCGACACCUCUCAAUGGCCGAUUCUCCUCAAAAACUACGACAAGCUCAAUGUCCGCACCGGCCACUACACGCCGCUCCCGUGCGGCUACUCGCCGCUGAAGCGGCCGCUGGCGGAGUACAUCAAGUACGGCAUCAUGAACCUCGACAAGCCGUCGAAUCCGUCGUCGCACGAGGUCGUGGCGUGGAUCAAGCGCAUUUUACGGGUCGAGAAAACCGGGCAUUCCGGCACGCUCGACCCGAAAGUCACCGGUAACCUAAUUGUGUGCAUCGACCGCGCCACUCGGCUGGUUAAAUCGCAGCAGGGUGCUGGGAAGGAAUACGUCUGCGUUGCUCGCCUCCACUCCAAGGUUCCAGAAGUUUCUAAAGUGGCUCGGGCGCUGGAGACGCUGACCGGAGCUGUUUUUCAGCGGCCACCGCUGAUCUCUGCUGUGAAAAGGCAGCUUCGAAUCCGGACGAUCUACGAGAGCAAGCUGCUUGAGUACGAUGCUGACCGGCAUUUGGUUGUUUUCUGGAUCUCCUGUGAGGCUGGGACGUAUGUGAGGACAAUGUGCGUGCAUUUGGGGCUAUUACUCGGCGUUGGAUCGCAUAUGCAGGAGCUUCGUAGGGUUAGGUCAGGGAUAAUGGGGGAGAAGGACAAUAUGGUAACUAUGCAUGACGUGAUGGAUGCACAGUGGAUGUAUGAUAAUUUCAGAGACGAGAGCUACCUGAGGAGGGUGAUUAUGCCGUUGGAGAAGAUUUUGACCAGCUACAAGAGGCUUGUGGUGAAGGAUUCAGCUGUGAAUGCCAUUUGUUAUGGUGCGAAGCUUAUGAUUCCAGGGUUAUUGCGGUUUGAAAAUGAUGUUGAGGUUGGAGAGGAAGUGGUGCUGAUGACAACAAAAGGGGAGGCGAUAGCUUUGGGGAUUGCAGAGAUGACUACUGCGGUGAUGGCUACAUGUGAUCAUGGGACGGUGGCGAAAAUCAAGAGGGUGGUGAUGGAUAGGGAUACUUAUCCAAGGAAAUGGGGUUUGGGGCCGAAGGCUUCGAUGAAGAAGAAGCUGAUUGCAGAGGGGAAGCUGGAUAAGCAUGGUAAAGUGAUUGGGACUGCUGCACCUAGUGAGUGGGCCAGGAAUGUCGUGCUGCCUGCUGGGGGUGAUUCCGUGGUUGCUGGUGAGGCAGCUACGCCUUCUAAAGCAGAGGAGGGUGCCGUGUUGGAGGAGAAGAAGGAGAAGAAAAGUAAGAAGAAGAAGGAUGAAGAAGGAGGUGAAGGUGAGGGUGAGAAAGGACAUAAGAGGAAGGUGGAUGCUGUUGGUGGGAGUCCGGUAGUUGAGGGUGUUGUUAAGAAAAAGAAGAAGGUUGAAGCAGAAGAUGAUGCAAAUGUGGAGGUCGAGACUAAAGAAAAGAAGAAGAAGAAAAAGAAGAAAGAGGGUGGUGAGGUAGAGACAGAAGCUCCGGCCUCAGAUGAGGAGAAGUCAGAGAAGAAGAAAAAGAAGAAAAAAGAUAAGACUGAUGAAAAUGGUGGAUCUGUUGCAGCUGCUGGGGAUGAUGAUGAUGAUAGUAAAAGUGAGAAGAAGAAAAAGAAGAAAAAGAAGCACAAAGAUGGUGAGGAAAAAGAGUAAGGCUUGGAGUUUGCCUUAUUUGCUCUCCUCUAAAUAUCUAGAGUGUUUAGAAUUUGAGCUUCAUUCUGGAUCAAUCUUUGUGUAACUUUUAUGAGUACUAUGUUUGCCAAAGGUGUUGUACUACUUUAAUAUCUGCUCUGUUUUGAAUCGCAAGUUCUGCACCAGUACUUUUUCCUA